AUGUCUUCUAUAAUCAAUUUAUUCAUCGUCAUAUGUGCAUCGAUUGUUCUCAUCGCUCGACCAUCGUUUGAACAAGCACCAUGUGUAGUUGAAGAAGAUCCAAUACAAUUAGCUGAAUGCGCUCAACUUGAUGUUCAAGCUAUAAUACAAGGUGCAAGAGGCAAUUUAAAAUUAUUUUGUAAUUUAGCUGAACGAUAUAUGGAAUGUUUUAAGACUAAAACAAGAAAUUGUAUUGGAGGAUGGGCAGCUGAAGGUGGUCUUACUGAAUUACAAAAUUUAGCUCAAUGGUGUUGUGUUAAUCCAGGUGUUCAAGAACCAGAUGAAUGUCCACUUCGUCGUAAUCCAAAAUGCUUUUCGGGUGAUGGACAUGUAUUAAUGGGAAAUGGCGAAACAAAAGUAUUACGUGAUCUUCGACCAGGUGAUCAUGUACUUGUUAUGAAUUCUAAACAACAAAUUGUUGAAGAUGAAGUUAUUAUGAUGCUUGAUAGUCAACCAAAUCGACCUGCUUUAUUUUAUUCGAUCGAAACUGUAACUGGCCAUCGUUUAAGUUUAACAGGAAAUCAUUUUAUUGCUGUUGGAAAUAAUGAACGUUUUUUACCAGCUAAUCAAAUUAAAGCAAACGAUAUUGUUUUUAUUCAUGUACAUGGACAACUUCAACCAGUUACUGUUCGUAAUAUAACUGAAGAAUAUAAAAUUGGUUAUUUUACACCAAUGACUGGACAAGGUACAUUGAUUGUAAAUGGUAUGGCAGCAUCAUGUUAUUCUAGUGUGAUUAGUCAUGAUUUAGCUCAACAUAUAUUAGCACCACUUCGUUGGUGGUAUCGAUUUGCAAAAUUUUUCUCUGUCGAACAACCAUUUGCAUAUUCACCUGAUAAUGGUAUUCAUUGGAUACCAAAAGUAAUGUUACAAAUAACAGAAAAAUAUUUACCAAAUGUAUUGACAACACAUAAUUUAUAA